AUGCAACAAAUCAAGGAUAAAGUUCAAAAUGAAGGAGUAUCGUUUAUCCAACAAUACUACCUAAAUAAGGGACUGAAAUUAUUCAAAGAAGAAGGCAGUAAGGCUGUGAUGAAAGAACUUGAUCAAUUGAUACAAAGAGAAUGUUGGAAACCAAUUUAUGUUGAAGACAUGACUGAUUUUGAAAAAAGAAGAGCCCAAGAUGCUAUGAUGUUAUUAGCAGAGAAAAACACUGGUGAAAUAAAAGGAAGAUGUGUAUACAAAGGAGAUGGAACUCGAGAAUGGCUGUCUCGAGAGGAUACUUCAAGUCCGACUGCAGCGUUGGAAGCGAUUAUGAUCACAUGUGUAAUUGAUGCGUAUGAAGGACGAGAUAUGAUGUCUUUGGAUAUUCCAAAUGCAUUUAUUCAAACUCAAAUGCCAAUGGAUGCGAAAUCAAGAGUGAUGAUGAAGAUCACUGGGUUAUUAGUCGACAUGAUGAUACGACUGGAGCCAAGGUAUCGUGAUUACGUUGUAAUUGAAAACGGAAAACGCGUGAUUUACAUGUGA